UAGAGCCAAGGUGCUGUUAGGACUAGUCUUCGGGACCUGGGUCCUUACUGUGGCCGUCAUCUGGCCCCUUGUGACGAAGAUGAUGCUUUCCCGGGACGCUGAGGGACCUGGGAAGUGGAUGGUACUCGAUGACGUUCAUGCGGGCCUUGCGGCAUUGCCAAUGAUAUUGCUACACGAGACUCCUCCAGCCGAUGACUGCCCAAUCUGUUACGAGUCGCUGGUGGAGAUUUUCGAUGAAGCGCAAGGUGUUGUCAAACUCCCUCAAUGUGGGCACGUAUUCUGCAAGACGUGGUAAGCACUUAGACUCU